CUGGCCAGCUUCGCGUUUCGAGAGAGCUCCGGACCCGUAUGCACACUCGUUUGAAAGGAUUAAUUGUAUGGGCUGUCUCACUUUUAUUAAAGGAGGUUCACGUUAAUCUAAAUAGAUUCCAACGCAAUGGCAAAUAUUAUAACGUUUCAAACGCAAAUCGCCUCAGUUAUGGAAGUACUCGCAAACGCCGCUGUGGCAGAAAUCUGCAAACUUGUUGAGGACAGCUAUACCGAAUUACAGCUUGAAAUAUCCCAAACGCAAAAGGAGAAUAACCUCCUUAAAAAGAAAUUAAAAGUGAUAGAAAUUCGGGAUUCGUUUUAUCGAAGAGCGCAUAAACUAAGAAGCGAAUCGACUGCCUUGACAAAAACAGGUGUUCAGGAAAAAACAUCAGGUCGAAUUAGUGUGAAAAUCUCUUCGCUGUGUAUUGAGGAUAGGGAUGAGGAUGCAUCUGCUCGCUCCUGUACAGUCUCGCAUCUUCAACCCGAAAGACCAGACCAGUCUGUAGGGGAUAACGAGCCAGAUGUUUUGCUUAUUAAAGAAGAGAGACCUGGCAAUGUGAGGUGUGAACAAUCAGAAAGAGAAACACAGACGACUGAAAAUCAUAAAGAUGACAGCCAGUACAGGAGUGCAGGAGUCUAUGUAACAGUCCACAGAGAUAACUUCAUUGAUCAGAACACAGUCCAGCACUGCCAUCAAGAGUCUGUAGAGGAUGAUGAGCCAGAUGUUCUCAUUAUUAAAGAGGAGAGACCUGACAACAUGAGGUGUGAACAGUCUGAAAGAGAAACAGAGACUGCUGAAAAUUACGAUACACAGUAUGGGAGUGCAGGAGGAGUUUUUGCAACAGUCCACAGGGAUAACUUCAUAGACCAGGACACGGUCCAGCACUGCCAUCAAGAGAGCAAUGGAAUGCAACCUGAUCUCCUUGAGGAUGAAAACCUAGAAGUGAAUGAUAUAGGUGAAACCAGAAUGGAGAGACGCUGCGAUGGCGACGCAGGGACUAACGUGCAGUCUGUCCCUUCAUAUCCCUCAUGGGUUUCCAGGAGAUUUGACCCUACCACAAAUCAUCCCUCCUAUACUGAAUCUAAAUGCAACGGAGGACCUGUGAAUCAGUACUUGAUGUACAGAGGGAGCGCAGAUCCCAUGUGUUCCUAUGCAGCUCCAAUGGACUCUAGUGACUUGUCAGUGCCUGAUUUGGAAGGUCAUUUAACACACGGUGAUGAAGGUAACAACAUUUCUCAAUCCGAACAGUCCCCUUUCACACCGUGCUUUUCUUUCAAACAGUCAGACUCUCCUCAGAUGCAAAGGAAAGACAAGUUUAUGUGUAAACAUUGUGGAAAAGCGUUCUCUCAACCCAGCACUCUCCUCUUGCAUCAAAAACUUCAUAACAGGGAGAGACUACACCACUGUACACUCUGCGGUAAGCGAUUUAGUCAGGCGUCCAGUCUGAAAAGACACCACAGCAUCCACAGAGGAGAAAAACCGUUCAGAUGCGUGCAUUGUGGCAAGCAGUUUGCAGAUCAAAGUAACCUUAAAAAACAUGUGACUGUUCACACCGGGGAAAAGCCUUAUGGCUGUAAUCUUUGUGGGAAGAUGUUCAACCAGUCUUCAAACCUCAAAACACAUAUGAGGAUCCACACACGUGAGAAGCCUUUUGGUUGCGAUCGAUGUGGACGGAUGUUUGCACACAAGUAUAUUUUGGUGAAACACCAACAGAGAAUGUGUGUGUCCAGUGUUGGGGGUAACGCAUUACAAGUAACCCGAGUUACAUAAUAUUAUUACUUUUUCCAAGUAACUAAUAAAGUAACGCAUUACUUUUUAAUUGACAAGAAAAUAUCUGAGUUACUGAGUAUUACUAAUAUCUGAGUUACUUUUCCCCCAUUUAUUAAACUCUCCUAUCCCCAUGUUGAGAGAAAUUGACAUUAAGAUGUUAGUUUUAAAAGAAAUGUGAACAUGCAUUAAUUCAUCUCACUCACAAAAAACAGAUUCAGUAUUCCUCAAAAUGAAUAAAAACUGUGAAAUUCAACUCAUAAUAUGUUAAAUAAUACAAAUAUACUUACGUGAAGAUGUGAAUUUACUUUUCUCAAAACCAAAAAUAGAACUUUCUAUAUUAAAAACAAACAAGCAAGCCCUGCCCAGAUUUAAAAGUAACGCAAAAGUAAAGUAACGCAUUACUUUCCAUAAAAAGUAACUGUUACAUUACUUUUUUAGCGAGUAACUCAAUAUUGUAAUGCUUUACUUUUAAAAGUAACUUUCCCCAACACUGUGUGUGUCUACUGGACAAUUCUAGACUUCACAAGAUGCAUUGGUGCACAUUAUUCCAAAUAAUUCAAAAGAGGCUUUAUUAUCAAAUGUACUAAUGGAAACCUUUUUUUUUUUUUAUUUUGGGGGGUUAGCAUCAGCUGCUUCCCACAAACCACCUGGUUCCAUUCUGAAAUACCGCUUAUGAUGAUCCAGAUCCUUCCCAAUGAAUAAAAUCAAGUCUUUACAUUUUUUUUCUCAUUGAAAAUCCUGUCUUACUGAGAAAUGCAUUAGGUUUCAGAAGUAAACUGGGUUGCAAUCAGCCUUUCAUGUUGAAUCGUGUUCAUGUUUAAGUUUCCCUAGCUAUGUUACAGUGUACAGUAGAUGACACUCAGAAACAUUAGCCUUUAAAUACCAUCUUGAAAAAUAACAUCUACACUAACUGGAAGAAAUCUGAAUAACUAUUGUAUACAUUUUAACUUUAAAAGGUGACUUGUGUAAACGAUAUUAUGUAUCAGUGUUAUCGGUGACUUUAUUGUUAAUAAAUUAGCAUUAAACCGCUGUGUACUUUUAA